AUGUUCUCAGGACUCAAACUAGCUACUUCGAUUGAAAGAAAUUACAAGAUACACGAUGCAUACCCCAAGUCUAACGGGAUGACAUUUAAGACCUAUUUGGAUUCCAGUGCAAAGCCUGCAAAAGGGGCCGUGAAGGAUGCACCAUUGUCCCUAACAUACACUUAA